CCGAGAUGAACAUGUGUCCGCCACAUGUGCUUGGACUAGGGAGUCUGGGAAACGAGAUUGCUGUAAUGCGUGACAGAGUCAGGUCAGUGUCAGGGGCUGCAGGCAUGCCAGGUAGCAGCAGAUGGGACCUACUUUGGAGACCUGUGCCCCACCCAGGGCAGCUACCUGUGGGUGCAGUACCAGUGUCUGGAAGGCCUGCGGCUGGUGGUGCCCAUUGAGAGCUUCAUCUUUGACAAUGUCACCAUCUCCCUGAUGUGGCUCCUUUCUCCCUACACUGGAAACCUGACCUGUGUACUCAGCAUGGGAGAUGGCCACACGUUUGACCCCUACUACCCUCCCAGUGUGGUCAGUCAUGUGACUCACCAGUUCACCGCCCCUGGGGAGUUCACUGUGUUCGCUGAGUGUACAACCAGUGACUGGCACGUGACCGCUCAGAAACAGGUGGUGCUGCGAGACAGGAGGGAGCUACCUCACGUCACCGGGUGCACCAACCUCUCCGGAUCUGGAGCCAGUCUUCUCUGUCAGGCCGUCUUCGGGAACCCUCUGUGGAUUCAGGUGGAUCUGGAUGCAGGAGCCGGGGUGACUUAUGCUGUGCUUUCGGGUAAUAUAACUCUGGCUGAGUUCACCACGCAGAGGGGCUUGAGACCUUACAAUCUGACUCUGGACAGAGACACCCAGGAGCUGCUGGGCCCUGGGAAGCACCAUCUGAACAUCCAAGCUGUGGCCAACAGCACCGCCUCUGCCCCCUCUGGAAGCAUCACUAUCCACUUGGUGGAGCUCCUGUGGGGCCUGCAGGCCUCCUGGGCUUCCGACCACGUGGAGCUUGGGUGCGACCUGGUGGUCAAUGUCUCAGUGGCUCGUGGUACCCUGGAGGAGGUGACCAUUGAGGUGGCAGGACUCAAUGCAAACUUCUCGCAGAAGGAAGAGAGUGGUGGGCAGUCAUCCGGGACCUACCAUGUGGCGAUUCCUGUUGAAGGCACCUUUCUGGUCACCGUGCGUGUGCGGAACGCUGUCUCAGACUUGAGCUCGGACGUGGGGAACAUCACCGUCACAGCCCCUUCCAGUCUCCAAGAACCAUCUGGAAUAAAUGCUGAAGCAAAGAAUGGAGACGAAGGGGACAGGAAGGUGUUCACUGAGCCUGAACUGUACGUGGAUCAUUUUACAGACGUCACGCUGAGCUGGCCAGAUGACGACCCAGACUUGGGCUUCCGCUGGUCCUGCGGACAUUGCUGGGCUCAGUGGAAUGACUGUGUGGAAGGGCAACUGCUCCACACAGACCAAAGGCGGCUGGUGCUCCCUACCUCCUGCCUGCCUCCGCUCAACUCUGCUGUCACCCUGCACUUGGCUAUCCUAAGGGGCCAGGAACUGGAGAGAGAGACAGAACAGUGCCUCUAUGUGUUCUCUCCCCUGGACCUCAGGCCUCAAAUCAGCUGUGAGAACUGCCGGCCAGUGAAAGCCGACCAAGACGUUUUGCUCACAGUCACUGUGGGCGAUGAAAGUCCAGUGGCCACGUUCAGCUGGUACUUAGAUGACACCUCAUCAGAGAAGGCUGAGCCCCUCCCCGAUGCCUGCAGACUCAGAGGAUUUUGGCCGCGCUCGCUGACCCUCCUUCAGGGCGACUCCUCCACGCUGCUACUGAACAGCAGCCUCCUGCAGACCUGGGGACCUGUUGUUCGGAUCCGGGUCACAGCACUGACCAGCCAUGCCUAUGGGGAGGAUACCUACGUGAUUAGCAUGCUACCUAUACCGGAGGUGCCCGCCUGUGCGAUCGUCCCAGAGGAGGGUACUGUCCUGACGAGCUUUGCUGUCUUCUGCACUGCCGCCACAGCCCCGGGUCCCCUGGAGUACUGCUUCUGUCUGCAGUCAGGUUCCUGCCUCCACUGUGGCCCUGAGCCAGCACUCCCUGCUGUGUUCCUACCACUUGGGAAAGAGAAGGAUGGCUUUGUCCUGACAGUGGUCAUCUCUGUCACCAAUCAGGCAGGGGACAGACAGCAGAUCCAAGUGGCAGCUAAGGUGGGCCGUGGGAACACAGGUAGUGACUAUGUGACAUUCCAGGCUACUGUGGCAGAGAGAAUCUCCUCAGCUCUGCAAGAUGAGCACAGCGGUGACCAGUUUCUACACUUUGUCAAGGCUGUGUCCUCUGAACUUAACCAGGAGGACCAGAGCCCAGGCUCUGGGCAGCUUAGAACGGAAACCAAACGGAAGGUCAGAGAGCUUGUGCUGAGAUCGCUGUCCAUGCUCACCAUUGAUCCAGAGAACAUGCAGAGGGUGCAGGGUUUGGCUGAGGCGCUGAGAGAGGUGACCCGCCGUAGCGAGGAGCUCACCUCGGUGGCUCAGUGGGAGGCCAGUCAGGUCCUGCAGCAUGCAGCUGAAGCUCUGUUGACAGCCAGUGCCAAGGUUCAUCCUGAGGAUCAGAGACGCCAAGAAGCCAUCAGGGCCAUGUUUCAAGCUGUGGGAACCGUACUGGAAGCUUCCCUCAGCCAGGGAUCUGAAGAACCUAAGGAGGCCAACCGCAGCCAGGCUCACAUCAUGGCCCAGCUACUUCAGGUUGUAGAUCAUUUGCAGACUGCCCUCCUGCUGGGGACAUUGCCAGGGGGCCUUCCAGCCAUCCUAGAAGCCCCCUCCAUCUCUGUGUACACAGACAGAAUACAGCCACGGAGUUGGCAAGGCUCUUCAGUGCACACUACCACCGCUGACUCUGUAACCUUCACCCUGCCGGCCGCCACCUCCCUUUGUCCCGUGGAAGACAGCCAGGAGCCUGUGGACAUAAGGAUGAUGAGUUUCUCACGGAACCCCUUCCCUUCCCGAAGCCGAUUUGAUGUCAGCGGAACUGUUGGCGGACUCCGUCUGACCAGCUCCAGUGGCCACCCCAUUUCAGUGAAGAACGUGACACAGAAUAUUGAGAUCCUGUUGCCGCGGAUUUCAGAACACAGCGAGCCGACGAUGCUGAGCCUGGCCACCCCAGAAACUCUGAGGGUGAAUAUGACUGCCAGGGAGGCAGCUCUAGGGAUCCAGCUGCACUGGGGACCCGGCAUCCCACUCACACUCAGUCUGGGCUACGGCUACCACCCCAAUGAGACCAGCUACGAUGCCCAAACACACCUGCCUCCUGUGGCUGCCACAGGUGAGCUACCCACAUGGAUCCUGGGCCCAGAGGACCUGCCCUUUGGGGAAGGAACCUACUAUUUGAGAGUGGUUCCCAAGGAUAACCUGGAGCCUGCCUCUGGCAGGGACCUCACAGUUGGCAUUACCACCUUCCUGUCACAUUGUGUGUUCUGGGAUGAAAGCCAGGAGACCUGGGACAACUCUGGGUGCCAGGUAGGUCCACGAACCACCACCUCCCAGACACACUGCCUUUGUAACCACCUCACCUUCUUUGGAAGCACAUUCCUGGUGAUGCCCAAUGCCAUUGACGUCCACCAGACUGUGGAGCUCUUUGCCACUUUUGAGGACAACCCAGUGGUGGUUACCACAGUGGCCUGCCUCUGCAUGGUCUACGUGCUGGUGGUGAUCUGGGCCAGGAAAAAGGACAUACAGGAUCAGAGCAAGGUAAAAGUCAUAGUGCUGGAGGACAAUGAGCCCUUUGCCCAGUAUCACUACCUGGUGACGGUCUACACGGGACACCGACGAGGGGCAGCCACGUCUUCAAAGGUGACGCUCACGUUGUAUGGCUCGGAUAGAGAGAGUGAGCCCCACCACCUGUCAAACCCUGAUGCUGCAGUUUUUGAGCGAGGAGGGGUGGACGUCUUCCUGCUUUCCACUCUGUUCCCCCUGGGAGAACUGCAGAGCCUCAGGCUGUGGCAUGACAACUCUGGGGACCAGCCAUCAUGGUAUGUGAGCCGGGUGCUGGUCUAUGACCCUGCUGCGGACCGCAAAUGGCAUUUCCUCUGCAACUCGUGGCUGUCCAUCGAUGUUGGCGACUGUGUCCUCGACAAGGUGUUUCCUGUGGCCACAGAGCAAGACAGGAAGCAGUUUAGCCACCUGUUUUUCACAAAAACCUCCACGGGCUUCCAGGACGGACACAUCUGGUACUCGGUCUUUUGUAACUCUCCUCGGAGCAGCUUCACACGCGUGCAGAGGGUGUCCUGCUGCUUCUCGCUGCUCCUCUGCACCAUGCUGACCAGCAUCAUGUUCUGGGGUAUCCCGAAGGACCCCGCUGAGCAGAAGAUGGACUUGGGCAAAAUUGAGUUCACUUGGCAGGAGGUGAUGAUUGGGCUGGAGAGCUCCAUCCUUGUGUUUCCCAUCAACCUCCUGAUCGUCCAGAUCUUUCGGAACACCCGACCUUGGCGCCCGCUGGAAAAGGAUGAGAAGCAGGAGCAGGGACCCUCCAACCUGACUCCUUCACUGCAGCCCACAGAGGAGGGACUUCUGACACCUGAAACAGUGACCAAGGGUGUACAGACUCUCCUCUGCUCACUGUUUAAAGCUCUGAAGGUGCUGCCCCCAGCUUCGGGCUGGGAUACUAAGAACCUGACGGACAUUAACUACCUCCUGGCCUUAAUGGAAGACCUCGUCUGUCCAGAGGGCACAACAGGACAGGGGUUCUGGGAGGAAAUGCUAGAGAGGGAGGACCCUUGCACCUCCACCCAUGGGCCUGUCCAUCUGAAAGAGAACACAUGGCACCCCAAGCCCAAGCUGGCAGGGAGUGGGCUUUGGAGGGACAGCAUCUACAGACGGUGUCUCUACCUUCAAUUGGAGCAUGUGGAGAGGGAGCUGCGGCUGGUGGGGCCCCAAGGCUUCCUGCAUCAACAGAGUCAUGCCCAGGCCCUCAAGCAGCUGCAUGCCCUGAAGGGCCACCUCUGGGGACAGCCUGGCACCCCAGCGAUAGCAUACGCCAGCACUCCUCGGGUCAGCAAGUCCCCUCGCGGCCUGCCCUGGUGGUGUGUCCUAGUGGGCUGGCUCCUGGUGGCAGCCACCAGCGGGGUGGCGGCCUUCUUCACUAUGCUGUAUGGACUGCAUUAUGGAAGGGCCAGCUCUCUCCGGUGGCUCAUCUCCACGGCUGUGUCCUUUGUGGAGAGUGUGUUCAUCACUCAGCCCCUGAAGGUCCUGGGUUUUGCUGCUUUCUUUGCACUGGUCUUGAAGAGAGAGGAUGAUGAAGAGAUUUUGCCCUCAUUACCAGGACAUCUAUCUGGCCCAGGCUCCUAUGCCUUGUUCCGAACACAAAGACGCAGCAGCAAGGAUGCGUACCAGCCUCCCCUCGCCACUGCCAUCGAGACGAUGAAAGCCACUCGCCUCAAGGAGCAGAAAGCAUUUGCACUCAUCAGAGAAAUCCUGGGUGGGCAGUCUCCCACACCUGUAUUCUCAGCACAUCCUGGAGCUGACUUGCAGCGUGUCCUUUGAUGAGCCUCUUGCUGCCCCUAGGCCUCAGUUCCUCUUCUCCCUUUUGCCUGAAAUCCCUCAAGCUCUUGGGAUGAAGUCUGAGCUCCCUCCC